GUACAUCAACAUAACCAUACCAUACCAUACCCGCAGCGGCGUGAACCACUAUUCCGCGUGUUUUUAUUUCGCUUUUUCGCAGUUUUUUCGAGAAAUAAAACAAUAAAAGUAAUUUGUUUGCAAACUGUUGUUAAUCUCUAAAGUGAAAUAAAAGAAAUAAUUCCAAAAUGACAGACGAUGUGAAUCCAAAAGCUUACCCCCUGGCUGAUCCAGCACUCACUUCGAAGAUCAUGAACCUCCUGCAGCAGGCGCUGAACUACAAACAGCUCCGGAAGGGUGCAAAUGAAGCCACAAAGACUCUCAACCGGGGCAUCGCAGAAUUCAUCGUGAUGGCUGCAGAUGCUCAACCGCUGGAAAUUUUACUUCAUUUGCCACUCCUUUGCGAGGACAAGAACGUUCCAUAUGUAUUUCUGCGCUCGAAACAGGCACUUGGACGUGCCUGUGGGGUAUCCCGACCAAUUGUUGCGGCCUCUGUCACAGUGAACGAAGGGUCACAGCUGAAAUCACAAAUUACAAGCAUUCAGCAGGAGAUCGAAAGGCUUCUUGUUUAGUGGUAUGAUAAGUUUUACUGAAUCAAUAACAAUAUUUACGAAAGAAAUAUAAAAUGUAACUUUUUUUGUCAUACCAUUUAUGUAAAGAAAUUUUAUUUUUGAGGCUUCAA